CAGAGACCCCUAACUGUCCCCAAAAUCUGUGGCUCCCCUUCUCUCUCUCUCUCUAAUAUAACACAAACUCCACUCCACCGCCGCCUCCUCUCGACGGCCGGCUGCAGCUACAUCACCACCACCUUCUGCCUCUCCUUUAGCUCUUUCACUACGAAACUUCUCCUUCUCUUUCACCAUUUCUCAAUCUCUCCGGCUUCAUACACUAUCCUUCUCUACUCUUCUUUUCCAGGUUUUCAUCUAUGGCGACGUUUAAUCUCUCUACUGGUGUUCCUCUCUUGAAAUCUGAUUCUACCAGAGUCGCUGACCGCCUUGCCUCGUGUAGAAUUGUUUCUGAUGCUUUUGGUCUUGACGUGAAGAGUGGAAAGAUGUGUUUGCAAUCGAAGCAAAUCGCUUUGGUUAGAUGCUUGAGAAUAGUCGAGCAGCGGGAAGUUGCGUCCUAUAAUGCCUCUGUGGAUACUGAUCAGGACGUUUCGAACUCUACCUUUGAGCUUCAGUCUAAUGCAUUCCAUUUUAGCAGGACGAAGUUAACGACAAAGUCUAGAAGGAAAACUAAGAUAGUAUGCACGAUUGGCCCUUCGACAAGUUCACGGGAAAUGAUAUGGAAAUUGGCAGAGACUGGGAUGAAUGUGGCGCGUUUAAAUAUGUCACAUGGAGACCAUUCUUCCCACCAGAAAACAAUUGAUUUGGUUAAGGAAUAUAACGCCCAAUUUAAUGACAAAGUUAUAGCCAUUAUGCUUGAUACGAAGGGUCCUGAGGUUCGAAGUGGAGAUGUACCUAAACCAAUCUUGCUCAAAGAGGGACAAGAAUUUAACUUCACAAUCAAAAGAGGAGUCAGCACAGAAGACACUGUUAGUGUCAACUAUGACGACUUUGUAAAUGAUGUAGAAGUUGGAGAUACUUUACUUGUUGAUGGUGGAAUGAUGUCAUUGGCUGUUCAAUCAAAGACGGAUGAUUCGGUUAAGUGUGUAGUCAUUGAUGGCGGUGAACUCAAAUCAAGGCGUCAUUUGAAUGUUCGUGGAAAAAGUGCAACUUUGCCUUCUAUAACAGACAAGGACUGGGAAGAUAUAAAGUUUGGGGUGGAUAAUCAGGUUGAUUUUUAUGCUGUUUCUUUUGUGAAGGAUGCUAGAGUGGUUCAUGAGCUGAAAGACUAUCUGAAAAGCUGCAAUGCAGAUAUUCAUGUGAUUGUAAAAAUUGAAAGUGCAGACUCCAUACCUAAUCUUCAUUCGAUACUUUCAGCAUCAGAUGGGGCAAUGGUUGCUCGUGGAGACCUUGGGGCUGAACUUCCAAUCGAGGAAGUUCCAUUAUUGCAGGAGGAUAUUAUCAAAAGAUGUCGUAGCAUGCAGAAACCAGUUAUUGUGGCAACAAACAUGCUGGAAAGCAUGAUUGAUCAUCCCACACCAACUAGAGCUGAGGUUUCUGAUAUUGCUAUUGCCGUACGUGAAGGUGCCGAUGCAGUCAUGCUUUCAGGAGAAACUGCUCAUGGGAAAUAUCCGUUGAAGGCUGUGAAAGUGAUGCAUACUGUGGCUUUGAGGACGGAAUCUAGUCUACCAAUUAAUUCUACUACUCCAAAUCCAUCGAGUGUCCACAAGAGCCAUAUGGGAGACAUGUUUGCUUUCCACGCCACCACUAUGGCCAACACCCUUAAUACUCCUAUCAUUGUUUUCACAAGAAGUGGCUCCAUGGCUAUUCUCUUAAGUCAUUAUAGGCCCUGCUCUACCAUCUUUGCCUUCACUGAUGACGAAAGAAUUAAACAAAGGCUAGUGCUUUAUCAUGGAGUCAUGCCUAUCUACAUGCAGUUUUCAAAUGAUGCAGAAGAAACGUUCUCCAGAGCACUCGAGUUAUUGCUGGAUAAGGGUCACGUGGUAGAAGGAGACCACGUUACGCUUGUCCAAAGUGGAGCUCAACCAAUUUGGCGGAAAGAGUCUACUCACCACAUUCAAGUACGGAGGAUCCAAGGUUGAUUUCGCUGGUAAAAAACAGGGUUUAUUGUUUUGUUCUUUCAUCUCUUCUUUCUAGAGAUUAGUAUGCUUACGAUUAGUAAUAGUUUUGUAACAUUUUGACUUAGUUGACCUAUUUAUUAGACAUUUCGUCUUGAUUGAUAAUAUAUAUAUUUCAUUGCUUAGAGCA